CGGGGACCCCCGAAAAAAGAAAGGGGGGGGAUAUCCGAUAUCUUGAUCCGGUGCUUCGGGAUUGAACAUAUCCUCCCUACAACCACCAAGACCCAAUCCAGCAUCAACACCUCACAUACUCGCGAUCCCUUCAACACGGUUCAUGUUGGACUCCUAUCACCAUCAUCCUAACAAGCACCAUGUCCGAUCUCGAUGACUACUUCGAUGAUGAUAUCGAUGCUGCUGCUUUCGAUGCCGUCCUCAGUGCCGCCACCUCAGUCCCACCACCCACUCGCCAGCCAGUAGUAGUGCCAACUACUCGUCAACCGGCAUCAAUAACUCGUCAACCAGCAUCAACAACUCGUCAACCAGCAUCAACAACUCGUCAGUCAGGACCAAAAGAUCGUCAGCCAGCACUAAAUAUUCGUCAUCCAACCCCGCCACCAGUGAAUCGCGAGCCAAUAGCUGCUAGCAGUUCGACGAUCGAUGACUGCUUCGAUGAUGAUAUCGAUGCCGCCGCAUUCGAUGCAGUAGUCAAUGCUGCCACUUCAGCUCAGCCAACCACGCGUCAGGCGCUCGGAGGUAGCGGCUUGACUCAGAAGAAAUAUACUCAGACUACAAUCUUUGGUGCAAGUCAAGUCCCAGCUAAACCGUCCCGGCCAAGCAAGCAACCCACUAGUUCCCAGUACCAACCACCCGUACCCAAAGCAACUCAGCAGGAACCCAAGGUCAAAGCCGUCAAGAAAUGGGACAACCUUAGAGCUAUCAAGGAUGUACUACCGGAUAUCAACCAGAAGGGCAAGAAGCGCAAGAAGUCAAAAUUCGCUGAUGAUGAUGAUGAGGAAGAAGAGAUGAUGGACGAUGAAGAAGUUGACUCAGAUACCGACUUACUAAACCAGGCACUCCAAGAAACUAAUCACAAGAAAGUACCGAUGAAACUUCAAUCAGAUUCAGAAGCCAUCAAGACUUGGAUCUACAGUAUCAAUAAACCUAAACGAAAAUAUCAGUAUGACAUCGUCGCCAGAGCACUCUAUAAUAACUGCCUGGUAAGUCUGCCAACAGGCUUAGGGAAAACCUUCAUCGCUGCCGUCGUAAUGCUUAACUUUUACCGGUGGUAUCCUCGUGGUAAAGUUAUCUUUCUUGCUCCCACGAGACCAUUGGUACAACAACAAAUUGAAGCAUGUCACUCUAUUGCUGGAAUUCCAUCGGUCGAUUGCGUCUCCCUGACCGGGACUACCUCAGCGACAAAAAGGGCCGUUGCCUGGGAGAACAAAAGAGUAAUCUUUGCCACACCUCAGACGGUAGCCAACGAUCUAAGACGUGGUAGCCUACGGCCGGAGGAUAUCAUUUGUCUGGUCGUCGAUGAGGCUCACCGCGCCACUGGCGCCUACGCGUAUUGUAUCGUGGUCAAGCUCUUGAUGAGAUUCAAUCCUCAUUUCAGAGUCUUAGCUCUAACUGCCACGCCGGGGAGUGACCCCGAGCGCGUUCAAGCAGUCAUCGAUAAUUUGCAUAUCGGACAUAUCGAGGUCCGAACCGAAGAGUCGAUGGACAUCGUACCUUACACCAAAAACAAGGAAAUUGUUCUUGAGAAGAUUCCCCUCACCCCAGAACUCACCUCCAUCCGAGACAAAUGGGGCAAACUGAUGCUACCAUUGAUCAAACAGUGUGGAGCUUUAUUCCAUGGCUCCAAAGAACCAGCUUACAUCCAUGCAUUUUCCAUCACCUCUGCUCAGAUGCACAUCCCAAAGGAGAAAAGCUACCUCAGACCGAAUCUCGCUGUUCUGUCCAAGAUGGCCACGGCUAUGGCUAAGCUUUUAGAAUAUUCGAUCACGCUAGCGUACGAGAAAAUGCAGGAACUCAAAGAAGAAUCGGGAAAAUGUGCGGCAGGAGUCUGUAGUCAAGUUGGCUACAAAUCACUCAUGACCGAAAUCCGUGACCUCACUCAAUCGCCCGAUUUCGUUCCACAUCCCAAAAUGGAAAAGAUGAAGGCUUUGACCCUCGAAUUCUUCAUCAAUGCUCAAGAUCAAGGCAAAUCAUCUCGAGUCAUGAUCUUUUGCCAUUUCCGAGAUAUGGUCACCGAUAUCGUUAACUAUUUAAAUCAAGAAAAACCUAUCAUCAAGGCUUCUGCAUUCGUUGGUCAAUCUAAUGAUGUCCGUGGUAACCGCGGAAUGAAUCAGAAAACUCAGAAUGAGACUAUCCAACGAUUUAAAAAUAAUGAAUUCAACGUCUUGGUUGCUACUUCUAUCGGUGAGGAAGGUUUGGAUAUCGGGGCCUUAGAUUUUAUAAUUUGUUACGAGGCUCAAAAAAGUCCUCUCAGAAUGUUACAACGUCUGGGACGUACCGGACGUAAUGAAGAUGGUAAGGUGAUUGUGCUGAUUGCUGAAGGUAGAGAAGACAAGAACUGGGAAAAGGCGCAAGACCAAUACCAGCACGUGCAAAAUGCGCUUCUGUCGAAAAAAGUUCUAGAGCUCUAUGAGGACUGUGAGCGCCUAGUACCCGAAGGGGUUCGACCGACAGCAGUAGAUAAAGAGAUCGAUGUACAGCCUUACAUAGCUGACCAGGUCGAAUUGGCGGUCAGCCCCUCGGGUCGGAAGAAGAAGGAUAAGCCGACAAAGCGUAAAAGGCCGGGCGCAGAGGAUAUUCCGGCUGGUGGUAUCUUCGGCUUCGUGAGUGCGAAAGACUACGCAGUUCCAAAAUCGAAGGCCGAUUCUCUACGUCAGCGGACCGAGGCUGCUCUAUUGACCGCCGAAGAGGCUGCGAUCCUCAAGCAACAAUGGUCUAAAAAUAUUACUGUGGCUCCUUCUCCGAUCGAUCCCGAAAACUUGAAGAUUGAAUACUUCCCCACCAAGAGUGCUCUCGGAUCUAGGCUUGAAUCGGUUCCGCAGAAUAAACGAUCUGCUCGGAACAUUACCAGAUCUGCAAAAUAUACGAGGAUCAUGAAUCAGUGCGACUCGUACGUUCAUGAUGACGCCAAGUAUGAAGCUUGGAGAGAGGAUACCAUAGCCCGAUUGGAAAGCAAGAACGUGACUUGGUGGCCACCCGAAUUGCGUGGUAUGGGUGCUCAAAAACCAUUGAGACUUUGUUCAGAUGGUCCAAAAUCGAUCAGACGUCGGUGGACUAACUCUAAAGAUGCGGGUGCAUCAACUCCUGUCCCCCAACCUCGCUCUCCUACUAUUGCUGCGUUCAGUUCACCGCGAUCGUCGAGCCCUCGAUUGUUGGAUGAAUUUGGUGAAGGGGCUCCUCGUGCUAUUUCCCCCAAAGGUAAAUCGAAAAAAGCCUCCCAACUCGACGAACCACCUUCUUCCCAUGAUGAUCUCCCAGACUUUGAGGAUUUCAUUCCUUCGAUGAAAACAUCUGAGCGACUGUUACCCCCACCAUCGAUAGCCUCUCCUUCGCCCUUAGCAUCUACCUCGGCCAACGCUCCCCCACAUGCUCGUCCUGACUCGACUCGACCUGGUCAGUCGAGUAGCUUUCAGCGUCUUGCAGCCUUCAAGAGCUCGGUUUCUGAACCGGCGCCGUUCCAAGAAGCUGUACCCUUCAGACAAGAGUUUCCUAACAAUGCACCGGUGACACCUAGUGGUCCAUCUAAUGAUCGCGGCGUGACUAAGAAGCGGCUGGUCGGACCGGCUCGGUUCCAGGAUGAUGAUGACCACUCCCCAUUACUCUUUAGGGCGUUAACUCACAACAAUAAACAGGCCCCUCCGAUCAGUCCUAGUGAGUAUGAGAAUGGGGACGAUUUCUUGCGGCCUGAGAUCCUCCCAAAUACGCAAAUGCCUCGGAGUAAAAGGAUCCAGAAAUCGGUGGGGUUUGGCGGAAAGCAGAAACGGAUCAUCGCUCCUGAGAGCGAUGAUGAUGAUGAUGAUCAUAAAGACGAUGAUGGAGAUGUGAUGGUGGGCGAAGAUGGUCCAGAUGGUCCUCAGAGUCACAAGAAAUCGGAGCGCAAAUCGGAUCGUCAUGUGAAAACUCGGAAAGAUGGUGCUUCUUCUAGCAAAGGUAAAGGCAAACAGAGACAACAGAAGAGUUCUCAUUCUACACGCGGAAAUGAAUGGGCUUUGAAAACUGGCCUGUUUGAUUUGGAAGCAUCAGAAUCGGAUACUUCGAGUUCCAGCGAAGAAGAAGGGGAGGAAGGAGGAUCAGGAGAUGGGCAGAGGAAGAAGAAGAAACGACGGAAGAAAGGAAAAGGCGGAAGGAAGAAGAAGAAGCGAUCGAGUUCGGAGGAGAUCGAAUCUGAGAACUCGAUCGACCGGGACUUCCUAGUCAACACCUCUUCCUCCAAGAUCCAAGACGAUUGUUCGCCAGACAAAAGCAUGACCAGUUUUUAUAGGGCCAGUAUCUUGAUGAUGUCUCAGCCGUUGUCGGUGGUUAAGACGAAGCUUGGAAAACGAGCUCCUUCGCCUCAACCUCGUCCUAAUAACCAUCCACUCCAUCAUCAUCAUCGUUCGAACCCGCCCCGUCAGUCGUCUAGUCGUCGCCCAAUCUCCUCCGAACAUGAUCACCCCGAUGAUCGGUUCAGCUUCGAUUCGUUUUGCGUGCCUGAUGAAGAAACUAUCGAGUAUGAGGACGAAGACUGUCAUGGGAUUCCUAGCGAUCUUUGAAACUUCCAUUUUUGUAUAUUAUUUCUCUUCUUCUCAGGAUGUAUAACAGAUUGGUCAUUGUCUUUUUUUAUACAUAUACAUAUACAUGAAUGAAUCGAUUCAUUAUCUAUUAUCUUGGAGGGAAACGGUGCUGUUGGGGGUGUCUGGAUGGAAAUUGUAGACAUGUACCAAGUACUAGUACUCCACCUUCAUCUAUACAAUUACAACAGCAUUCUUGGAUUC